CCCGGCGGCGAGUGACCCUUCUCUCCAGCGGCGGAGUCGUGCUGCUCACCGGGAUAGAAAAGCCACAAAAGACGGAGGGAGUAAACAAACGGCAGUGACAUGUUGACGUAAAGUGUUUCCCCCCGCGGAAUUGUCGCUCUUUUUAGACUGGUGAACCUUUGAACCCUGAGAAGAUGUCCAAGUAGAGCCCCUAUGCACAUCAACCUGACUCUGGCCGUCAAGGAAUCUGGUGCCUUUCAUGGAACGCUGCCUCCCUUCCCCUCCGCCCCCGCUCCUGUGCAAGUGAAAGCCAUGGAUUCACGCACGGCGAUGACGGCACCUCCUCCGGCACCUCCGCCGCCGCCACCGCUUCCACCUCCGCCGCCGCCGCCUCCACCCGCUUCUUCCUCGCCUUUGAGCCGAGCAGACAGCGCAAGUCGGAGUCGGCUUAGGAAGCUCAACUGGGAGUGUAUUCCCAAAGAGAAGGUGGAGGGGAGGAAGAGCGUGUGGAGUGGCGCGAGCCCGGGCGAGGAUGAAUUUCCCAUAGAUCUUCACUCUCUGGAUGAACUGUUCAGCCAGAAGGACAGUAAGCCUCAGGACAGGACAGUCACGCUGAGACGGCGGUCUGCUCUUCUACGCUGCAGAACUCCUCAGGACAGUCCGGAGGAGAUCUCUCUGCUGGACUCUAAACGCAGUAUGAACAUUGGGAUAUUCCUUCGCCAGUUCAAAAUGCCAGCGAAGGAGAUAGUUGAGGAUAUCAGGCAUGGAACUGGGGAUCGUUACGGAGCAGAGAAGCUCACGGAGCUCUGCAAACUACUGCCGGACAAUGAGGAGGAAUCCCGCCUGAGGAGGUUCAGCGGGGAGCGGAGAUGGCUUGGAGAGCCUGAUCUAUUCCUGCUCCUGCUGGUGGAAGUCCCCAGUUUUCGCCUACGUUUGGAUGCCAUGAUUCUCCAGCAAGAGUUUGACCCUGCUCUGACCUCUCUGUGUGUGGCAGCCAGAUGUCUGAGGGAGGCGGCCAGAGAACUGCUGAGCUGUCCUGAACUACACUCUAUCCUCCGUUUGGUGCUUAAAGCCGGGAACUACAUGAAUGCUGGUGGAUACGCAGGGAAUGCAGCUGGAUUCAGAAUUUCAUCUCUGCUCAAACUGGCUGACACCAAAGCAAACAAACCCGGCAUGAAUCUGCUCCAUUUUGUAGCAAUGGAAGCUGUGAAAAAGGACCAGAGUUUACUGUCAUUUCCUAGCCAACUGGGCCAUGUUGGCUCCGCCUCAAGGUUGUGUGAGGAGUCUGUGUUGGAGGAUUUAUCCAAGUUAAAAAGCAGAGUGUUGGCGCUGAAAGCAAAUGUCCAGACGGAGGCAGAAAUUUUGGAGCAUACACAACUUUUCUUGGAGAUGACAGAGGAACGUCUGAAGGAGGCAGAGGAUGAAGUUGAGGGUAUGAGGAUGUCAAGUAGAGCGCUGGUGGAUUUUUUCUGUGAGGACGACAGCACAUUUAAACUAGAGGAGGCCUGCAAAGUCUUUGACUUGUUUUGCCACCGCUUCCAAAAAGCUAUCAAGGAGAAUGCAGAACGUGAGCUGAAGGAGAAGAAUCGUGUGGAACGUCAAAGGGUGAUUGGGGAAAAGCGCCGCUCUCUGGCCGUGUGCACCGAUCUGGAUCCUGGCCUCAGCCUGGUCAGAGAGCCUCACGGUCACGACAACCAAGAUGAGCUGGAAAAACUUCUGGAGAAAAACUUGAGCUACACUUGGGGCCGCCGUAGCCUGAGAAACUCUGAGUCGCGCAGGUACUCCCAGCACCUGUACAGUGACAAGAGUUUCCCAGAGCUGGGUAGCAGCCCGACUUCCUUCAGUUGUCAUUCGAACAGCUCCUCUGAUCACGAGAGUUCUGUCAUGCUUUGUAGCUCUCCGGAAAUGGAGGGUACUUGUUCUCCCGUUGGUCAAGGACAUGUUUUUGUAAGGGGCAACAGGACUCAGUCGAUUCAUGACCCUCUUAUUGCAUCAUACUCUCAGCAUGGACAUGGAUUUACACUUAAGAAACAUGAGUCUAAGAGUUUUUCUACUGAACAAAUAGGUGGACAUUCAACUACCAAGAACACUGAGUUUUCCCCCUUCUCCUGUCGGAAUUCUGCUGCUAUAAACACCGAUGCACCUUCCCAGAUCUCCAGUCAUGGACACAGCUUUGGACUACCAAUGACUGAUAAGAGGCAUUCUCUUCAGAAUAAGUCAAAUGAUGUGUGUGCUAUCAAGAGUGGAAUACUUCACAGUGACAACCGGGCUGCAUCGGUGAUAUAUCGAAGAUCUGAGAAAGAAUGUGUUAAUGUUCCAGAUAAAAGGGAGUUAAAGCCACUAAACACAGGAAUUAAAGUAAGUUCUGCGAUAUCCGGUCCUGAUGAAACUCUGAAAAAGCAAUCAGUCACAGAAGGGCUGUUGACUCCUCCUGUCAAGGAGACUUGGAUGCCACCCAGUCUUCCAGAGUUCAGCCAGUCACACCCAGAUGAGUGCUCGGAUGUCCCGAGUCCUGAGAGGCAACAAGGAAGGUCAUACUCUUGCGUGGGGGAGACUUUAGAGUGCCACACUCUUGUGAAAGGCCUCCGAUCCUAUGACCCCUUGUCACCCCCUACGUCUCCACUCCCGCGCCCUCCGCCAAGCCUCUGCUCCAAGUGGAGAAAAGAGAGAGGGAGUGAUCCUCGGGAGGCGUCAACAUCAACAGAGGAGAGUCGAGGCUUGAAGCUUCCGGUGCGGAAUGGGAUCAGGGCCAAAAGAGGACUUGGGUCACGUGCUGGACCGUCUAACAGCCCAGGUAUUUCAAAGGUGCGACCUGAAAUGGAGGCUUCCAAUAAUUCCGCCCCUGCCGUGACGCAGUCACCAGCCCCAAGCCGUCCAACAAGCUCACGUUUGUUUUUGCGUUCAACUCCUGUCACACAACCUACUUCACUUCGUGCGAAUGUGAAAAGAAGUAGCAGCACACGUGAGAGGCCGCAGACAGUGAAUGACACGCAACCUCCAGCUAAGUCCGCCCUAAACAAAAGAACGCUAGAGAGACCAACCGCAGAGAAGGUCUCAAGCAGGACCCAAUCCACCUUCAUCCGAGGAAGUCCUUCGCGUGUGUCCAAACGAGUCGCCCCCAACUCUGAGAGCCCGGCCACAGCCCAGGCUCUCCCUUCCCACAAUCCGUCGUCGGCCACCGCCAAGACAAUACGUACGACAGCCAUAUCUGCCACCCAGAACAAAAACCCCAAAACCGCAAACACGAGCGUCCCUUCUGCUACCUCUAAACUCCCUUCACGACUUCCUGGUUCCAAAAUGCCUACAACCCAGCCACUGUGGAAGUAAAAAUAAGCCUUUUUUUAUCUCCUGGAGUCUAUGCAGAUCUGGUUAUUUCUGUACUUGAUCGACUCCACUGCAGUGUACAUCUUGCGUCUGUAGCUGAUCUACUUUGCUAUCUCAUGUGUUUCACGCACUGGCAGAAGAGUAGAUCCUCUAAAUAAGCCCUACCUCCUUUUUUUACGUCCAUUUGUGUCCUUUGCAGGCAAUAGGAUGCAAGUGUGUAGCAGGUAAAUUCUCGAUUGGUGUAUGAACUAACAGCCAAAUGUGCCCAGUCAGAAACCACGAGUGCUCUUGGCAAUUAAAAGGUGUAUUCAUCCAUCAGCAGCUUUUAGGUAUAAUAUUGUUUUCCGACACUGUGAUGCGGAUGCUAUUGUGUUCCUACUCUUGCUUGGUACAAACUAUGUAUCUUGUUGUGAAAGCCUCAUUCUGAUGCACAUUUUUUUUUACUGAAGAAAAUGCCAUUAGGAGAAUUUGACUGCUUUGUUACAGUUUUAUAUGAAAACAUUUAUAACUGAAUAACAUUGGUUGUUAUUCACUGUAUUAUGUGGAUUUGUAAAUAAGAUAAAUAAAGGAGGUG